UGUUUAUCUAAACGAAAAGAGAACAGUAAUAGUAACAGUGAUAAUUUUCUAGACUGGAUUUUAAAAAUUACAAUAACGAUAGCAUGAAUACACAGCAUAUGUUUAAAAGAAAUAUAAUAACUUGCACUCUAUUUCGUUCAUGUGGAAGUAAUUUCAAAUCUGUACAUAACAAACAAAAUAGGUAUUGUGACAUGUAUAAGUGCAGUAUGACUGUAUAAGUCAGUGUGGUUUUCAUUGAUUAUGUGUGUCUAGUAGUGUUACGAUAAACAGGAAGCUAUAUGUUGGGUAAGCUAAGCGGGAUCGAGUAAGACUCACGUACGUGAUUAUCAUGGAGAGGGAUUUAUCAAUUAUGUAUUUAACAGUACUUGCAUGUCUAUAUUUCAUUAUAGGCAUCAAUGGACAGAAUUUAACAAGGCGUCAGAUUACUUCCUAUUUGCUCGAUCCAUCUAGAUAUGACCCAAAUGUUGUACCUGACUUUGACGAAGAAUACCCUACAAAUGUCACUAUCCAAAUCACAAUACACGAUAUGCAUUCCAUCAGUGAAACUACAAUGGAAUACUCAGUUGACAUAUAUCUGCGCCUGUGGUGGCGGGAUGAACGGCUUGAUUACAGUGACAAGAGUAACUCAACCAAGCUCGAACUGGACUCUAAGAAUAUAGGAAAUGUGUGGCAGCCUGAUAUUUUCUUUGAGAAUGAAAAGCGAGCAUCUGUUCAUACCGUAACAACAACGAAUAAACUCAUGCAUAUCUUCAGAAAUGGUACUGUGAUAUACAGCAUCAGAUUAUCUUUGGCACUCAGCUGUACAAUGAUGCUACAGUAUUACCCUUUCGACAGUCAGCGAUGUCCUAUUUUUGUGCAAAGCUUUGGUUACACGGAAGACAACAUCAAUUUGGACUGGUAUUACAACAACCCGGUCUCGGCGGAAAAUCUUGAAAUGCCACAGUUUGAGUUGAAUGAAGAUGAGAUCAUAACCUCAGAUUACAGCUCGCCGUAUUCUCAAACUGGAACAUUUUCAACCCUGAAAGCAGAGCUACAGCUGACUAGGAAAGUAGGCUUCUACUUCUUGCAGGUUUUCAUACCAGGUGUCCUCUUGGUCGUUCUUUCCUGGGUCUCAUUCUGGGUUGAUCCUAACGCUGUACCAGCACGUGUUUCACUCGGUGUUACGUGUGUUCUCACCAUGACGACACAGAGUUCCGGUAUUCGUCAGUCACUUCCGCCCGUAUCUUAUGUUAAAGCAAUAGACGUAUGGAUGUUUGUAUGUUUGUUAUUUGUGUUUGCGGCCCUUCUUGAAUUCGCCUAUGUGAACGUUCUGCUACGUAAGAAAUCCCAAGAGAAGAAACGUGAAACAUACGAGAUGACUGACGUUAAUGACCGGGAGGAUAAAAACGGGAAAGACGACGAGCGAUCGAGAAAAACUAAAAUUGUCGAGUGUUUAACAACGCCUGCUCCGGAUGCGAAGACGAAAGCAAAGAGGGUCGACAUUGUUUCCAGAUUUGUUUUUCCAAUUUCAUUCAUUUUGUUUCUCUUCAUAUUCUUCAUGGUUUGUGGAUUGGCAAAGCCCCCGCUACCAGACAGCAGUUAGUGUCGUCGUCAUUCGUGGAUUAUCACCAAAUCAGUCUUCUACAUGUAGAUGUUGCCAUUAUAUUCGGAUUAGCAUCACAUCAAGUUUGAGUAUAUUUCCGUUAUGUGUGUAUAACUGUACGUCAAACUCAUUCAUAGUGUUUCCAUUUUGUUUGGACUAUAUGAUCAUCUUAAUUUUAUCAAUGUUAUUAUGCUUGAAUUACUUCUAUAUUUAUUUACUGAUAAUGAUUAAUAUAUGUUUAUUACUAUACAUCUAACCCAUGAAUAUGGAUAACGUUGCCAUUAUGCCUUGAUAUCAUGAAUGUUAUCAUGUGUCAAUUACAAAUAUCUCAGUUUGUUGAUAGUGUUGCCAUUACAAUCAAAUCAAUUGCAUGAAUGUUAUUCUGUAUUAAAAACAUCUAUUAAGAAUAGUGCCAUGACGAAUAUAUAGAAUAGUUUUAUUAUGCAAUAAACCCGACAAGAUUCAUGAGCAUAACAUCAAAAAUAAUUUAUUAUCUAAAACAAGGUAUGGCAAGAUGAUAAACAGUAGCAUAUAUAACUACGCAUCAAACUCAUGAAUAGAGACAAUGCUGCCAUUAUGUAUGGAUUGUCAUAAUGUUAAUCCUAUGAGUGUUAUUGUUUUGUGAAUACCUAAUAUCUCAGUUUAUUGAUGAUGCUGCCAGUAUUUGUGCAAUUACAUGGAUUUAAUUAUGUAUUGAUUAAUAUCAUUGAUGCUAUUGCCAUUGUUUUGUGACUUGCAACUAUGUAUAUCUUGUUUUUUAGUGGAUUGUAGAAAUGUCAGUGUGAAAUAAAUCUAAUAGUAUUUUUACAAUGAAAAAUAUCAAACGUAUUUUUCUCUGGAAUGUAACUACACUUGAAGGCGGAAGAUUAAGAAGUGCAAAUAAUCAAUAAUUCUUGUCAAAAACCUAUACUUCAGUAACGGCAAAAUCAUGCAUGAUUUUUCAUGAGCAUAUAGUAUAGUUACAUUUAUUUCAAAUAUAAUAGAAAUAUGUAAAUCUCACUGAUGCAUGUAACCUUUUUAUGUUAACAAUGUCGCGUCAUAAUGUAGCGUUGAAACGAGUACAAUUUAAGAAAAUAAUUUAAAAGAAAUGUAAAAGAUAUAACAAUGAUUUUGCUUUACAUUUAUGUUUAAAACAUCUUUCACUUGUGAAGAUUUUACAUUUUCUAUGCCUUUCUUGACAAUAUUACAUCUGGUAUUCACUCGGUGCAAAAUAGUUCAAUCUUAAUACACUUAAACACACAAAUAGUCUCCAGUUCAUAGAUAAUAACAAUGUUGAUUUUUUUUGUGUGGAUCAUGUCUAACGUUUAUUGAUUAUGUUGCCAUUUUUUGUCUAUUAACAUACACUAAACUUAUGAAUAAACAUAGUGUUGCCAUUGUGUUUAGACAGACAUAAUAGCAAACUCUGGAGAACAAACAUUAUAUUCAAUAUAUAUAGAUUAGAUCUAUCAUCACACAAUUCUAUGAAUAUUGAUGAUGUUGGCAUUAUGCGUGCACUGCCAUGUUACAUCAGUCUUAUCAGCCAUUAUGUGUGUACUACCGUUACAUUAGUCUUAGUCGUAUAAACAAUGUUGCCGUUAUGUGUGUACUACCGUUACAUUAGUCCUAUCCCUAUAAACAAUGUUGCCAUUAUGUGUGUACUACCGUUACAUUAGUCCUAUCCGUAUAAACAAUGUUGCCAUUAUGUGUGUACUACCGUUACAUUAGUCCUAUUCGUAUAAACAAUGUUGCCAUUAUAUGUGUACUACCGUUAUAUUAGUCCUAUCCGUAUAAACAAUGUUGCCAUUAUUUAUGUGCUUCCGUUACAUCAGUCUUAUCAGUAUAGAUAAUUUUGCCAUUAUAUGUAGUGUGCUACCGUUAAUUCAAUCUCUUCAGUAUAGAUGAUGUUGCUGUUAUGUGUGCACAUCAGUCUAAUCAGUAUAGUUGGUGUAGCCAUAAUGUAUAGUCGUCUAACAUUAAAUGUCGGAAGUGAUUUAUGCAGUCAAUCUUUGUGCAAUUUUGUUUCGUUAAUACCGUAGAAUAAUUUACUUUCACCAGUCCAUACAUCAUUUCCAAUGUUAUGUUCACAUUAUCAGUCUAUUCAUCAGUCCAAAGACCAUGGGACUUAUAUUAUCAUUCUCAAUACAGACAAAAGAUCAUUUUACCAUUUUAAGUCCAAACAUCAGUUCCGAUACCGGAGAUAAUGCUACCAUUAUCAGUCCAGAUAUCAGUUUAAAGACUGUAGGUAAUUAUUAUUCUAUUAUCAAUCCAUACCAUAGGUUAUGUUACCAUUAUAAGUACAUAUAUCAGUCUAAAGAAUAUAUAUAGGUUAUGUUUCUAUUAUCAAUCCUAACCAUAGGUUAUGCUACCAUUAUCAGUCCUACAUCAGUUCCAAGACCAUACCAUUAUCAGUGCAUACGUCAGUUCCAAUAGUAUGGGUUUAUUAACAUUAUCGGUGUCUAAUACUCAUAAUUUUGUGUAAUAAAUACAAAGUUUGUAUUUACAAAUGCUUAUUCAAAUAUAUACAACAAAAGGUAAA